GACGUUCACGAGUCGUACUUUUGUCCGGGAUGUUUAUUAUUAAGUUAUUGAGUUUCACGAUGAUUAUAGAAAGAAUAGUCGCACAGCAUGACACCGUGCAGAGUCAGGAAUUGCUUACUCAUUUGGAUUAUUUCGGAAAAGCACACAUCAUCGGCAGUAUCUUGCAUGAUUAUUCAAAUGUAUCUGAAAGUUGGACAAACCCCGAUUUCGAACAUCAUGACCAGCGAUUGAUCGAGACUCUGCAGAGCUACGUGGUCGAAACGCUGCAGAACGAAACAGACAGUGGCCCAUACGGAUCGGGCAAUAAUGUGAAACUUUUCACUAAUUUCUGUGGUCCUGGUAAUUGGGCAGUCGACGGCGAAAUAACUCAGAAUCCUUACUUCCAUAAAAUUGAUCAGUGUUGCAAGAAUCAUGACGAAUGUCCGUUUUCUAUUGUAGGACAGAGCGACUAUCAAUACUUUCCAGGACUUCCACAUAAACCACAGUUAUUUACUAGGUUAAGUUGUUCGUGCGAUUCAAAAUUUUUCUCAUGUCUACAAAAAGUGUCGACAUUUUUCUCAUACGCAGUAGCAUGGAUUUACAGUAAAGUACAAGCACAUUGUUUUGACUACGAGUAUCCUGUGAUAGAAUGUAAACAAUAUGUGAACGAUGGUCUUCUGCCUUUGACUCGAUGUGGAAGAUAUUUGGUGGAUAAUUCUAUUCAAAAGCAGUGGCAGUGGUUCAAUGUUCCUUAUCUCCACAUGGAUCAGAUGUGCUUCCCGGAAGUCUUCUACAGAAAUAAAAUAUUUUGGUACAGUUUCGAGGAAAAACCUAAAACCAAUUAAAACGAAUUUGAACAUGACCUAAU